AUGUCAGCUUUCACCGCCCUUAAUGGGGGCUCACCACCAAAGACAUCAGAACCCACGAACCAGCCCACCGACGUCAACAGAGCCUCUCCAGACGAGCGCUCCAACGGCACACCUACGCAUCCCGAACCCAAACCGUCCACAGCCGCAGAACCCUCGGCGAACCAGAGAGAGAAUUGGGCCGGCCCGAGCCAGGAUAGAUCGCCCUACCAUUCCACAAACUACCCCGAUGUAGACGGCACCCUCAAGAGAAAGCGUUCAGACUCGCCGCCAAGAAGAGACGUUGCCGUAAAUCAACAAGGAUCGCCAGAGACAUCAAGUCAACUUCACUCUAUAGACUCACGUGAUCCUUACAGGUCGCCACCAAACGAUCCCCGUUCUUACGCUGACCGCGAGGAACGGCGCGAGCAUGGUGACUCUUGGUAUUCCCAAGAAGCAGGGAACAGGGAGGACCGGAGCUACUAUGACGAGCCAUCGACUGCGUCAGCCCAAGGCCACCCGGAUGAGCAGGUUGGAGAGGCUCUGAGGAGAGCGAACCAGAUGGAAAGCCAGGACUACGACGACAACAACAGCCCUGAUGGUGACGACAGGGGCAUGCCUUACAGCCCGUACACGCCUACAGGUGGCUCUCGUGAUCCAUCUCUCCAAUCAGACCCCAAGAAGAGGAAGCGCAACUUCAGCAACCGAACCAAGACUGGAUGCUUGACCUGCCGCAAGAGAAAGAAGAAGUGUGACGAGCAAAAGCCUGAGUGUAGCAACUGCAUCCGCGGUGGCUUCAUCUGUGCAGGAUACCCGCCUCAGCGCAAUGCUGGUUGGCAGAAGCCCGAUAACAAAGCUGCAGCCAUUCCAUUGGAGUCCAAAGACCCCAGUUACGUUCCUCCUGGUGCCUACGGUAUGCCUCAGACCCAACCACCUCCAGUGCAGCCCGCAGCCCAGCCUAUAGCCCAGCCCCAGCCUCAGCACCCGCAAGCUCCUUAUGGCACCCAGCCUGCCGUUGGACAAAGGCGCGAGCCUUUGCCUCCCUAUCGAGGACAACCGCUGAGGAUAGAUACUCCUCAAGGCCGACCCAUACAGGUGGACGACGAACGGCAGACUGCGUCGACGUUAUCGGCCUCGGUGGUAUCUAACCCGCUAUCCGGCUCGACGUUGACGCCCUCGACGAUUCCAAGCGCGAACAGUGCUAUCGGUCCCGACAACCACUUGUCGCCAAACAAACAUCAUUACGCCUUUCCCGUAAACCAGGGCCAGUCUCAGCAAUCACCUUACGGCGAACGAAAGGAGUUCCAGCGCGUCCCGCCCCUGCACGACAUCAGCAGGACCGCAAACGAUCCCGACACCCCUCAUCCGGCCCCAAUGUUGCCCCAGAUCAAAAUCUUGCAACCAACGAGAUCGAACAGCCCGACGUCUCAACCGCCAGCCACGAGUAACGUCCAGGUCGCGGCGCAGUUAGCUCUCUCCCACACCCAAUUUUCUCCCAACAAUCGGAUCAGGACGCAGAAGGAAGAGAUGCUUCUAGGCAGACAAUACUUCCCCUUCGACAAAGAGCUCGUUCUCGAACGCGAGCGAUGCAACGCAGCCUGCUGGCGCUUCAACAACUCCACGAACCCCAACAACGGUGUCUCCCCUGCUGAACGGGCACGCCUCUUCCGCGAGAUUCUCCAGCCGCGCGACCCCGUUCUCUCCCCGCCGAAUGCCUCCCCAGUGAGCAAUAUUGGCCGCGUUGGCGAGAAUGCCGUAGUAGAGGCGCCUUUCCACUGCGACUACGGCUACAACAUCACCAUCGGACAGAACGUCUACAUCGGCCGCAACUGCACAAUCCUCGAUUCCUGCGAGGUCAAGAUUGGCGAUAACUGCUCCAUCAGUCCCAACGUCAGCAUCUUCACGACUAAGAUGUCGGUAGACCCCAAGAGGCGACAGGGUAGCAAGGGCCCGCUGAUGGGCGCCCCAGUCACCAUCGAGCAAGACUGCUGGAUUGGCGGAGGGGUUAUCAUCCUGCCUGGGGUGACUAUUGCGAAAGGAAGCACCGUUGGCGCCGGCUCGCUCGUUACUCGGGAUGUCCCACAAUUCACCGUUGUCGUCGGUAGCCCUGCCACGGUUUGCCGCGGCAUUGGCUCUUGA